AUGGUCUUGGACGUGGACGUGGACGUGGUCAUGGACGUGGAUGUGGACUUGGUCAUGGACGUGGACGUUGACGUGGACGUGGUCGUGGACGUGGACGUGGUCGUGGUCGUGGUCGUGGACGUGGACGUGGACGUUGAGGUGGACGUGGACGUGGUCGUGGACGUGGACGUGGACGUUGACGUGGACGUGGACGUGGUCGUGGAUGUGGACGUGGUCGUGAACAUGGACGUGGACGUGGACGUGGAGGACGUGGACGUGGACGUGGACGUGGACGAGGACGUGGACGUGGACGUGGACGUGGACCUGGACGUGGAUGUGGACGUGGUCGUGGACGUGGACGUGGAAGUGGUCGUGGACGUGGACGUGGACGUGGACUUGGACGUGGACGUGGACGUGGACGUGGAUGUGGACGUGGUCGUGGACGUGGACGUGGACGUGGACGUGGUUGUGGACGUGGACGUGGACGUGGACGUGGACGUGGGCGUGGACUUGGACGUGGACGUGGACGUGGACGUGGUCGUGGACGUGGACGUGGACGUGGUCGUGGAUGUGGUGGACGUGGACGUGGUCGUGGACGUGGUGGACGUGGACGUGGACGUGGACCUGGACCUGGACGUGGACGUGGACGUGGACGAGGACGUGGACGUGGACGAGGACGUGGACGUGGACGUGGACGUGGACGUGGACGUGGACGUGGACGUGGACCUGGAGGUGGACGUGGACGUGGACUUGGACGUGGACGUGGACGUGGACGUGGACGUGGACGUGGUCGUGGACGUGGACGUGGAUAUGGACGUGGACGUGGACGCUUCGGCGGACACCCUGGAUCAUUGCAAUGCUCUUGCCGGACACCCUGGAGCGUUGCACUGCUCUUGCCAGACACCCCAGAGCAUUGCAGUGCAUUUGCCGGACACCCCGUAG